CGCGUGUGUCAGUCGCUCUUCGCUCGCGGGGCUGGGUGACGAGAGGGCAGCGAGGCGCAGAGAGUGGCGGCCGCCGCCGCCGCCGUUUCCUCCUCCUCCUCCUCCUCAGCAUGUUGCCAUCCCGCCGGGUCCCCAGAGAGAGGCGGCGCCCGCUCGGGGCGGCACGAGCGCAGCAGCGGCAGGAGAAGGAGAAACAGCAGCAGCGGCGGCAGGAGGACGAGGUGACCGACAAGACUAAGGCGGCGGCGGCGAGCAGAGGGGGCUGCCGCGCCGAGGGCAGCAGCAGCAGCAGGUGCUAGGUGUGUGGAAGAGCGAGAGAGAAGCGCGCGCGCGCUACCUGCCUUGCCGCCGGGUGAGCAGCCCAGCCUCUGCCUCAGGUGCGUGCCGGCGGCGUGGAGAGCGCGAGAAGAGAGGAGGGCGAUCAUGCCAGCGCCAGCCGCGCGUCUCCAUCGCCACCUCCGGGCCCUUUAGCGCCGGGUUCCCGCUGCGCCUGGACGCUCUUCCUGCUCCUUCCUGGGAUUAAUUCGCUCCUUGCUGGAGCCCAGUGGAACUGAACUCGCCUGGACUCAAGCGAGGGGAGGAGGCCUUGGAGGCUUCGCAUCGCCGGAGGAAGCCCUUCUCCCUCGAAAGCGCACGCCGCUCCUCCAGCGCCCGGCGCGCUCCUCCUGCUCAUCUGUUGCUUGAACGGGCAGCCCCCUCCCUGCUCUGUCUCUCGCUCGCCGGGCUUGAUGGAGGAAGCAGCCGCCUUCGCCGCUCCUUGCCCUUCCAGCUGAACCUCCCUUGCGCGGCCAAGCUGUGCGCUGGACUCGAGCCUCUCUCUCUCACUCUCACUUGCCUUCCUCCCCCCUUCCCCGCCACCGCUCCCCCGACGCACCUUCCUCCCCAAACCCUGCGAGGCAACGUCUCCAUAUCCCGCCCCUCUCGCUCGUUCUCUUCCCCCCCCUCUCUCGCUCGUUCUCCCCGACCCACUUUGGUGCGAUGCUGCUGCUGCCUUGGACCUUCGCUUCCUAAAAGCGCCGUUUGCUGUUGCGAUCCUUCCGUUGGAAAUUUACAAAGGAGACUCCCCCCCCCCUCCGGGAUAAAGGAAAAAAGGGGGGAAGGAAAGAAAAGGCGGCUUCGCGGGGGGGAGGGGGAGGAACAUGGAUGAGAAGCUGCAAGCGCAUCAGGUUGACAUCGACCCGGAUUUUGAACCCCAGAGCCGGCCUCGCUCCUGCACCUGGCCGCUGCCUCACCCCGACUUCCCGGGAGAAGAGGACGAUGGAGCCGCGGCUGCCGGCGCUGGUAGUGGUGGUGGCGGCGGCGGUGGAGGAGGCGUCGGCUCCAAGCACCCCUUGGCCGGCGGAACGGAAGGCGCCGAGAACGCCGGAGUGGCGUCGGAGCGUGGCAAAGCCGCCCCGGCGCUGCCUUCGCUGGGCGCGGACGUUGGACAGCUCCGCAAGGCGAAGACCUCGCGGCGCAACGCCUGGGGCAACCUCUCUUACGCGGAUCUCAUCACCAAAGCGAUCGAGAGCUCCCCGGAGAAGCGGCUCACCCUCUCGCAGAUCUACGACUGGAUGGUCAGAUACGUCCCAUAUUUUAAGGAUAAAGGAGACAGCAACAGUUCGGCUGGCUGGAAGAACUCGAUCCGGCACAACCUGUCUCUGCACACCCGCUUCAUCCGCGUGCAGAACGAGGGCACGGGCAAGAGCUCCUGGUGGAUGCUGAACCCCGAAGGGGGCAAAACCGGCAAGACGCCCCGCAGGCGAGCUGUCUCCAUGGACAACAACAGCAAGUUCCUGCGGAUCAAGGGCAAAGCCAGCAAGAAAAAGCAGCUGCAGGCAGCCCAGGAGCGCGGAGAGGAGAGCCCGGCCAGCCAGCAGGCCAAGUGGUCAGAGAGCCCCAACUCCCAUGCAAGCGAGGAGUACGACGCUUGGGCCGACUUCCGGACGCGGGCCAACUCCUCGGCCAGCACCUUGAGUGGGCGCCUCUCCCCCAUCAUGGCCAACCACGAGCCGGACGAGCUGGAAGAGGACGAUGGGACUCCGUCCUCCCCACUGAUGUACCCGAGUCCGUCCAGCACCAUGUCCCCUUCCUUGAACGCCCGCUGCUCCGUGGAGAUGCCCCGGCUGACCGACCUCACUGGCACCAUCAACCUGAACGAGAGCCUCGGUGAGAGCCUCCUGGAAGACCUGCAGGACAACUACAGCAUGAGCCCUGCCCAGCCGCUGCCUGCCGGGGGCCUUCGGCAGAGGAACUCCAGCUUCAGCUUCAACUCCAAGUGCUCUGCUGUGGGCGCUGGGGGAGGAGGAGGAGGAGGCGGUGGAGGAGGAGGAGGAGGAGGAGGAGGAGGAGGAGGAGGAGGAGGGAGCACCUACUGUGGGACCAUCUACAGCCAACCGGCCAUGAGCCUUAUGCGCCGCCUGCCCAUGCAGACCAUCCAGGAGAACAAGCAGGCCACCUUUGCUCCCAUGAACUCCUACCGUAAUGCCUCCUUGCAGGACUUGCUCUCCUCCAUCUCCUACGCCCACAAAGAGGGCGAGGCGCACAUGCCGCAAGCCAGCAGCAUGGGGCCACCCCGCAGCCACAGACAAAACCCCCUUGUGUGCGGCGGCGGGGGUGGCGGCGGAGAGAUAGGUCUUGUCCCCUACCCUCCCCACUCGUCGUCCCUCAUGAAGAGCAACACGUUGUACCACCCGUCACCAGCCAGCCACCACCACCACCACCACCCGAUCAGCAACAGUGCCUUACCCUCUCCUAUCAGCCUUAUGAGCCUGCCCAAUGACUCUUGCAGCAUGGUGGCCAUGCCCCAUCAUGGGCACAUCCAUUCCUACAUCAACAACCAAGGGGCGCACAUGAGUCUGCUAGACUCCUUGCAGGGACCCUACCCAGAAGCCAUGCACACCCCUGUUUUGGGCCAGGACAGAUUCCCAGCAGACUUGGACUUGGACAUGUUCAACGGUAGCUUGGAGUGCGACGUGGAGUCCAUCAUCCUCAAUGACUUUAUGGACAGCGACGAGAUGGACUUCAACUUUGACUCAGCUCUUCCGCCGCAAAACGGCCUCAACAUGGCCACUUUGCCCAGCGCCCCGCAGCCCACCAAUCAGAGCUGGGUGCCUGGGUGAGACCUGCUUCAGACAACUCUGACCCACCAGUCAGCAGGAUGAGAGCGUGGGGUGUGUGUGGAAACAAACUUUCUCCCCCGCCCUACUCCGCCUUUCUUAUUUUCUUUGCCUUCAUUUGUUCAGCCAGGCUAGAGCCAUCUGUUUAAACUUGACGACAACACUAAACACACACACACAUACACACACAAAUACACAAUGUAGGGUAAAAUGUUUUGAAAGGUACCGGCGACUACUCGCUUGUGCCAGGUGUAUCGUGCAGUAAGUCAGAUCUGUCUUUGAUGUGUGCAAUAGGCACAAGUUAGCCAUGGCAUUGCAGAGCUGCUGCCCACCCACCCCCUUCCCUCCCCCCUU